AUGGACACGAGCAUGGACAUGGACAUGGACACGAGCAUGGACAUGGACAUGGACACGAGCAUGGACAUGGACAUGCACAUGGCCAUGGGCAUGGGCAUGGACAUGGACACGAGCAUGGACAUGGACAUGGGCAUGAACAUGGUCAUUGUCAUGGGCACAAGGACAAAAAAAAAGACAAGAAAAAGGACAAAAAGAAGGACAAAAAGAAGGACAAGCACAAGGGUGGCCAUAAACACGACAAAUGUCACAAGAAAGGACAAGAUUGCCAUGGGUCCUCCAGCAGCUCGUGCAGCAGUGAUUCUGACUGAAUGCCGCAGAGACCUGCAUGAGAUUAGGAUUUCAUUUGUUCACAAUUUAAAAUGUAGAGCAACAUGAGUUAUCGGCAUUAUAAGAUUCAUUAAAGAAAACCACUGUGUA